AUGAAUCUUUCCAACAAUACUUUCAUCGGUUUUGAAAGAUCAACAAGACACGGACUAUCCUCUGUCUUGACGUACUUGUUGGGCUCCAAAAACAAUUUCACAGGAAAGAUUCCUUCUUUCAUAUGCGAGUUGCGCUCUCUAAGCAUUCUCGAUUUGUCAAACAACAACUUCAGUGGUUCAAUCUCUCAGUGUAUGGAAAAACUCAACAGUAGUAUUUCAGUUCUAAACCUUUGUCAGAACCAUCUUAGUGGCGAUCUUCCGGAGAGUGUAUUUGAAAACCUAAGAUCACUUGAUGUCGGUCAUAACCAGUUGGCGGGAAAGCUUCCAAGAUCUUUGAUCCAUUUCUCUAAUCUUGAAGUUUUUAAUGUGGAAAGCAACAAAAUCAACGACACAUUUCCGUUCUGGAUGAGUUCUCUUCAGAAACUGCAAGUUCUAGUCUUACGCUCCAACGCAUUCCAUGGACCCAUACAUCAAGCCUCGUUUCUUAAGAUGAAAAUCAUCGACAUCUCACAUAACCACCUCAUCGGAACUUUGCCAGCAGAUUACUUUUUGAACUGGACUGCCAUGUCAUCACUUGAAGUUAGGACGAACGAAGAUCAGUCGACUGAACCUUACAUGGGAGAUAAAUCAGCAAUCGACUUCUCCGGAAACAGAGUUGAAGGAGAGAUUCCAAGGUCAAUCGGUCUAUUGAAAGAGCUUCAUGUGCUCAACUUGUCAAAUAAUGCUUUUACAGGCCACAUCCCAUCAUCUAUGGGGAACCUGUCAGCUCUCGAGUCACUUGACGUUUCCAGAAACAAGCUGUCUGGAGCAAUUCCGCAAGAGUUAGGGAAUCUCUCGUUCCUUGCGUACAUGAACUUCUCCCAUAACCAUCUCAGAGGUCUCGUACCGGGAGGCACUCAGUUUCGAAGGCAGCCUUGCUCUUCCUUUGGGUACAACUCAGGACUUUUUGGCUCUUCUCUUGACGACGAUUGUCCAUCAUCGCAACAAGAUGAGACGCCAGAUGCAGAGGAAGAAGAUGAACAUGAAGAGGUGUUUAGUUGGAUUGCAGCUGCUAUAGGAUUUGGACCUGGUAUUGUGUUAGGAUUGACGAUCGGAUACAUACUGUUUGUUUACAAACCAGAGUGGUUUAGAAACAAACACAGAAGCAGAAGCACCACAACUCGUUGA